AUGGCGAUCCAUCUGAUGCUUCCCAUUUCUAUCCUUCUCAGCUCACUCAGGUACGCCGCCGACGCCCUUGAUGGGGCCAUGGUGUCCGUGACGACGUUCACGCUGACCAACUCCUGCGGCUACACGGUGUGGCCGGGGCUGCUGUCGAGCGCUGGCUCGCCGCCGCUGCCCACCACGGGCUUCGCGCUGGCACCGCGGGAGUCGCGCACCGUGGACGCGCCCGCAGCGUGGUCGGGCCGCAUAUGGGGCCGCACGCUGUGCGCCGCGGACGACCAGGGCUCCGGCCGGUUCGCCUGCGCCACGGGCGAGUGCGGGUCGGGGACGGUGGAGUGCGCGGGCGGCGGGGCCGCGCCGCCCACCACGCUCGCGGAGUUCACGCUGGACGGCGCCGGCGGGAACGACUUCUACGACGUGAGCCUGGUGGACGGGUCCAACCUGCCGAUGGUCGUGGUGCCGCAGGGCGGCGCCUCCGGGCCCACCUGCGGGGCCACGGGGUGCCUGGUGGACCUCAACGGGCCGUGCCCCGCCGACCUCAGGGUGGUGGGCUCCGACGGCGCCGGCAUCGCCUGCAAGAGCGCGUACGGGGCGUACGGGCGGACCCAGGACUGCUGCAGCGGCGACUACGGCACCCCCGCGACGUGCCAGCGCUCCGCCAGCUCGCAGUUCUUCAAGAAAGCGUGCCCGCGCGCAUACAGCUACGUCUACGACGACGCCACGUCCACCUUUACCUGCACCUCCGGCACCGCCACUUACCUCAUCACGUUCUGCCCAAGCAUCUCCAGCCUCAAGUCGUCCGUGAGCAGCAGCAGCGGCAGCACGAACCCGGCCGGCCUGCCUCUGGUCAACGACACGGUCUCCUUCGCGGGCCGGGGAGACGGGUCCUCGUACCCGUACGCCUACGCGUCGGCGCCGUCCAGGUCGGCUCCGUGCGCCCUCGCGCUCGCGGCCGCCGCGUUCACGUGGCUCUGCGUCGCCCCGCGCCACCGGCUGCGGUUGUAG